GUUUCAAGGAAAAUCUUUUCUUAGCCUUGGGAACUAACAAGUAGAGGAUAAGGGAGAAGUUUAUCACAUGUGAAUGUGCAAGAUGUUGCAAAUUUAUUUGCAUGAAGCCACAAAUGCAAAUCCAUUUUCAAAUCCACAAUCAACUCACACUAGUGGCAAGGGCCAGGUUCUCUGUGAGAGUAUUAGGCUCCUAGAAAAUGAAAACCUUGAUCUUAAACAUGUUUCUUUUCUUUUGUAAAUAAUCUGUGCUUCAGGGACAGGCGUAAUUCAUGCAACUCUUCCAAGGUUUUACAUCACUAAAAAAAACGUGUUUCAAGUUGACCAUAUUGUGUGAUGAGAGGAUGCACAAGGUUUUUGUAUCAGAUGUUUUGGUGAUUGGAAUUUGAACUAGUAAACUUGUAGCUCUUUGUCUUCAUUGUUAAUGAACUAGACUUGCUAUCUUUUAUUUCAGCCAAAAAAAAAAAAAACUUGCUUUCUUUUGGAUAGUUUUUAUCAUCUUGACUUAAGUGAUCAGGGAGGAAUGUGCAUACUGUUAUAUGCAGUGCCAUUGUCCUUCACUUAUUGACUUAUUUUUGGCAAGCUAUCUUAUUCUGCUGUCUUCUAAUUAUGCUAUUAGUAACUCUUUGUUUCUUCUCCUUAAUAUAUAUUCAGAACUGAUCAAUAUGAUAUCGAGAGCAAGUGAAGUUGUGGAGUACAGCCCAAGAAAUCUGAUUACAUCUCUUUUGAAGUUUUUCUUGGUUUUCAUAUCUUCUGCUGUCAUUCCCGUUAUUAUGGAAUGAUGGCUGUACUUUUUGAGUCAAAGAUUUAAGGGUUGCAUAGUUAUGAUUUUAAUUUCAAGAUUAAUAAAAUUACAAAUCAAUUGAUUCCAAUUUUUGGACCAUUGCCAAUGGAUGUUUGAUUGUCAUAGUAUCAUACACUUUAAAUGCUGGACUGGUUUGCAACUGUUCAUUGGGAAGCAAUUUUGUAGAAAACGUGACCACCAGUAUCGAAGUGGAACAAUGUGUUGAGAUUAAUCAGCAAGAAAGAUGUUCAUUACAC